AUGGUGACGACGCGCUCACGCCCUCAAGGCGACUUCCCCGCCUCGGAGCCAUCGCCUACUAAGAAGACGCCACGAUCGCGCAACUCGACCGCGUCGCCGGCACCGCCAGACUUCAGCGCGUCUCCAUCUGGCGCAGCAUCUCUGGCCAAACGCGCAGUCUCGAAUGCUUUCGACGAAAUAAGCCCUCCUGCUCCCGCCGCAAUUGGCGAAACAGCAUGGUGCCAUACAGCCUCAAAGGUGACACUCGUCUGGCUGUCUAUAUCAUGGCCCCUCGUGCUUUGGGAUACUCUAUACAUCCUGUUGCGCCCACACACCAUGGCUGGAGGCGCGAUUCAAUGGCCACUGUGGACGCCCUACGAAACUUAUGCGGCCAUUGAUUACGUAUACGGAUGGCCCGGAUGGGAAAAUCAUGAUGGAUUCGGAUCAGCACAGGGCGUGCUUAAUGCCAUUGAACUCAUUCUGUACGGACUCUAUGCCCUGACCGUAUAUAACCACGGUCAGCCAGCUGCUGGAGGCACUGGUGUGGAGGUGAGCAAGGACAAAGGCGGUUUCUUCGCCGGCGGCAUCAAGGUGCGAGGCAAGUCCGGUAACCGCGCAGUCCUCAUUGGCUUCACCGCUGCUGUCAUGACACUGAGCAAGACAAUAUUGUAUUACUGCAACGAGUACUUCUCCGACUUCGCUAACAUUCGUCACAAUGACUGGUUCACACUCAUUUCUUUAUACAUUGUCAUGAAUGGCCUGUGGAUUGUUUUCCCUGCGUACAUGGUCACUGUUUUUGGUACCGACAUUAUUACCGCUCUCGACUAUGCUUCCGACCCAUCGUCCAAGAAGCGAAACUAG